AGUAAUUCUCAUGAGGACAUCUUAGAAAAAGGUAAACCAUGAAUUGGGGUGUCUUUCAAGCCCUCCUGAGUGGAGCAAGUCAUUUCUCAACAAGCUUUGGACGCAUUUGGCUAUCCAUAGUCUUUAUCUUUCGCUUGCUGGUUUAUGUGGUGGCAGCUGAAAGAGUUUGGGGUGAUGAACAAGGAGAAUUUGACUGUAACACAAAACAGCCUGGAUGCCACAAUGUCUGUUAUGAUCAUUACUUUCCAGUGUCCCACAUCAGACUCUGGGCCCUCCAGCUCAUUCUGGUCACCUGUCCAUCUCUUCUUGUUAUCAUGCAUGUGGCCUACAGGGAAGAUCGAGAAAGAAAACACAAAGAAAAGCAAGGAGAGGACAAUGGACGGCUGUAUGCAGACACAGGAAAGAAGCGAGGAGGUUUAUGGUGGACAUAUGUUAUCAGCCUUAUAGUCAAGGCUUCGGUAGAUGUAGUGUUUCUCUACAUCUUUCACCAUAUAUAUCAUAACUAUUCAUUGCCAAGACUUGUCAAGUGUACAUUGAAUCCAUGUCCUAACACUGUAGACUGCUUUAUAUCUAGACCUACUGAAAAAAAUAUUUUCACAUUAUUUAUGGUGGUCACAACAAUAAUCUGUAUUUUGUUGAACUUGUUGGAGAUAGGAUACCUAGUGACCAAGAGGUGUCAUGAAUGCCUCAUUCAAAAGCAUCUCAAGAAUCAGUCGACUAACGUCAUUGCAUAUCUUCAGAAGCAACAGAUGUUUCAUGUUAACAACAAGCUAAAUGAAGAACUUGACCAGCUAAAGCCUUGUAUUCAUAUAAUGCCACCAGAAACUGAACUGAAAUAAUAUGGAGGUCACAGAAUCAAAUAUCAGAAAUAGAACGCCACAAAAAGCUUGAACAGAGCUUUACAAUGGACUGGUAUGUCAC